AUUAUACCGCGUACCGGUACGGUACGUAGACUAUUCGCGACAGGCGAUCGAUUGCUAAUAUGCAUUGAAUCAACAUUCCCAGCGCGGCUGGUGCAAAACUUCUAAACUCUGACUAAGUUCUAACUUUAAACUACUUUGUAUUUCUGAUAUUUUGACACAGAGAGUUUGUUUGUAAUCAUUUAACGGACUUCAUAUAUUUUUUUUCUGACUGACCUGAGCAGUGAACGCAAUUUUCAAGGCGUAAGAUAGGCCUUCUCGUCUGACGCGGAUAGCGGUUGCUACGUGAGCAGAAAGCCUUAACUUUGGCGGUGAGCCUGUGCGAGCUUCAGUGCAAUCUUCAGUACCGGAUCGUACGCGGACAGGGUAGUCUACCGUACCGGUAAACAACGAACGAGUUUCCGACGCUUUCUUCAUCAUGUCUUCACUUCAUUGGGAGGCUGUUCGAAGACAACGUGUCUUUGAUAAAAAGCAAGAGGCAUUAAGAAGAACAGAGGAACAGAAAAAAGAACUUGCUGAAAAGAAUCGCAAGCAGCAGGAGGAACUUGCAAAAGGCAGUCAGUCAGAAUCAUACCACCGUCAAUUGCUGGCCACUAGAGGGCAGACUGCAGAGACGUGUAAUCACCUUACAUUGGAUGAACAGAGAAGACUAGAGCAUCAAGAGAUUGUUAAAGAGCACUUUCUUAGGUCAAGAUUACGCUACAAUGAUAUUGACUGUGCUCAGCAGUGGUAGACAAGAAUUCCAACAACACAACUGAGAAAACUUUACAAACAACCUUUGAUGUGGUACAAGUGAUGAAAAUGAUAGGGAAGAAUAUGUUGCAACAGUGAAAGUAAAUCAGUGCAUGUAAUUGACUAAACGAGUGUAAUAGUAUUAUUACAACAUUUCAUUUGCAGAAUCUAUGUACCACAUUGAAAUUAUGCAGUGCCAUAACCUACAUGUAUAAUGAGUCUAACUUUUCUGGACUAAAUUUAGUCAUUACCGGUACUAAAAUAUCCCAAAUUGAACCUUGCUACUACAUGAUAUGAACAGUAAGGGUUCUAAACAAUUUUGAAUACAAAAUUCAGAAAAUGUUAUGGAAUAAGGAGAGGUUCUUAUGGUUGCCAGUGCUUGAUAAUUUUUGGGAUAUUUUCAAUAAAUGGUUAGAACCCUUUUGAUUUAAAUCUCUUGUCAAGAGAAGCAAAUAAAUAAAGUUUAAACAGUUAUUUAAUUUUGAACUUGUGUUGUAUCCAGUUUGCAAAUCGUCUUGGAAAUUGCAUUUUAUGCUAAUGAAAUAUUUAGAAUGUCCUAUUAAAAUUAUUAUUGACUGUGUUAUUUUGCAAUAAUGUUGCAUAUUGAUGAUUAAAAUUAUUUUGAUUAUGUUUCAUCUUCAUUCACUUAUCAAUUUAUUGUAAUGUGGGAUGUCAUUCACAUGUACAGUACAUGUAUUGUAAAAUGCACCUCUUUACUGUCUAUUGUUGGCAUUGUAUUUUUUUUUUCCAAGACAAAGGGGUCGUUAAUAAAAUAUAAACAUUUUGUAUGUGUAUGUAUAUGUGUGUGUAUGUGUGUGUGUGUGUGUAGGGGGGUACUGCUGCUGGUGAAUCUGUCAAGUGUUUGUGGUACAUGCAUUUAGUAUUGUGGAAUGAUUUGGAGUAACUUUGAUUCGUUUCUUAUGUAUCAUAUGAUGGUUGGCCUGUUGGUAGUCAGGUAUUGUGUUUAUAUAUACAUGUAUACAAUUCAUAAGAGAUUUAAUUCAACACUUUUCAAGUGGACUUUUCAAUCAAUAAUUUUACAGUAACAUUUAUUUUAUACUUAUUGAAUUAUAAUCUUGAGGAAUUAUGUUUUCAAUGUCUAAAUCAUGCAAUUUGUGCCAUGUAGCUAGAACCCCAAACAUUUAACAUAUUCAUUAAAUAUGUGCAUCAAAGUUGCUUUAUUCAAACAAGAUAAGAAUGAAAAAAUAUUAAGAACGUGUUCAUUUGAAUGGUGAGUGCAAUGGCAACAUGUAAAUUUCUCAAUUACCUUGCGACUCUUAGGCCUCAUAAAUAAUUUACAGAUUAUCAAGAUGCUGUAGGUUUUUUUAUCAUAAAAAUGGUAAUGGAUUACUCAAACACUAAUCAAUUAACACUAAUUAUUCCCUAGGCAACAGUACAAUAUAAUCACAACCAAAAUUUUGCUUCGUAAUGUGGAUGAAUUUUAACCAUAUCAAAAUGAGAUUAAAAAUGAAUUGAUGUUGUAUAUGGAGCUGUAAAAUUGUAUUUUUUUAAAUUGUCAAAUUGCCACUUGUUUCGUCCAUACCUGUAUUAGUGCAUUAUUUGUCAUGUGGUUACUUUCUUUUCCUUGUGAAAUUGUACAUCAUUUGCAUUUGGCAUUAUAUCUUUUUAUUCUCUGAAUAAUACAAAGUUGAUGUCAAACUUAUUGCUGAGUUGUUCAAGACAUCACAAUUUGGUCUUUUCGUUAUGUAGGCUGAUUUCUUUACUUUAUACAAGUUAACUCAAAUUAUUUGCAUUCCAUAAAGGCCCUUUUCCUAUUUGUAGCUAUCCAUCUAUUCGUCCGUCCAUCCAUAGAUGUUCAGUAAAAAGUCACAUUAAUCUCAUUUGUGUGUGUGUGUAUGUGUGUGCACGGGGAGGGGUUUUUUCAUUUGCUUUAGUACAUCAUGUACAUGUAUGUUAAAAAAAAAGCUGAUUGCUUUCUUGGUGCUUGCAAGAAAAUGAUGAUAAUCCCAUUUUGUCCUUUUUCAUAGUCGAAAGCUAUUUUUACUAUUUUUAUUGUCGAUGCACAAACUAUCAUGUAAUUUUCUUUUCAAAUUCUCUGUAACUUUUAAAUCAUGAUCUAUGCAGUAUAAUAAAUGUAUUUGUGUAAGUAAAAAAUGCAA